AUUGAAUAAAAUUUCAUAAUAUUGCUGCUGUCAACAUUUUACAAAAAUACUUAACUAAAAGAAAAUUUCUUCGAAGAAAAUAUUUUUCAUCAGUGCGACAAAGAAAAAAAAACUUAAAUAGUUUUUCCGAUACAAAAAUUUUUCGAAGUGAAAAUGUCGACGGAAUAACAAUAAAUUUAUGAUAAAACAACAACAAAAAUAAAAUAUGAAAAGUAUAUAGUGAAACCCCAAGCCCGUUUGAAUCCGUCCUACGUCCCAAUUGUAGUAAAAAGUUUACAAAAUAUAACCGAGGGAAGUAAAAAGACUGCAUUUUACAAGCAUUUUCUGCAUGAAAAAAACAAAAACACUCCAAAAGGCACUCAAACCAACUUUUGUGCUGAGAGUAUGCUGCAAAUAGUUACGAAGCUUUCGGAAUAUUCCAGAGUUUUCACGAGUUUUACACGCGUUAAAGUACUUUACUGAGCGGCACUCGUGUAUGACCCGAAAGAAAGUCUUUUAAGUGAAUUGAGUGCACUCGAGAGGUUCAAAUUGUACACUCAUACGGCAUUUAAAAAAGAAAGAGACAAAUCGUUCAAACGAUUUUGCAUUUUUAUACGUGUUAAAAUUAAAAGUUAAGAAGAUCUUUAUAUGUAAAGUGAAAGACUGAAAAUUUGAAAAAAAAAAUUACUUUAAUAGCAAAGUGCAUUUUGUAGGCAGAAAAUAAGUGCAAUUCUCACAUUAAGCAUAUAUAGUAAUAAAUCAUAAACAAUAAGCGCUAAAAGUGGAAAGAGUGCAACAAUAAAAACUUUACGUGAAAUAUUGCUUGGCAUUGAAGGCAUUUAUUCGCAAAAAAAGUAUUCAAGAGAGAAAAAAUUUAAAAAAAAAUUAUAGAUUAUUAUUACACAUAACCUCAAAUAAAAAAUAUAAAAAAUCCAAAAAAAAUAACAUUUUCAAACGAAUAAUUCGUGAGGAUUACAAAAAACGAAAACUUAACGGUAAAUAAAAGCAUCGCAACAAAGCAAAAUAAUAAACGCAUUCCACUCAGAGAGCGAGAAAAAGAGUGUGUGUUCAAAGGAGCGAAAGCUUCAUAUCAAAGCUGUUAGUUCAGCAAGUGAGUGUGAGAACGAGAAGGGAAGAGUAUAUGUGAAUUGCAAGGAAAGCGAAAGUGCAACAGAGAUAGAAAAUUAGAUAAAAUGUAUAAAUCAAAGUGACUUAACGGCAAAUAAUGCAUAAAUUGAAGUCAACAACUGCAAAAGUUUUCGAACCAUUAGACGUUACCGGCAAAAGUUUUGAAAAUUUUAAAGUCUGAAUAAAUAAUAAAUGUACGUUUUUCAAACUACUUUGUGAGAAAUUGAAAACAAUAUACUGAUUAAAAGUAUUUUCUAAAACGUGCUGAGAAUUUUGAGUGCAAAAAUGUGUUGGAGUUAGUGGUAUUUCCAAUAAUUAAAAAAAAUCUUAACCUCAUAACGCAACACGCAGGAAAUGAAUAACUAAAUAAAUAAAAAUCAGAGACUGACCAAAACUGCCUUAAAAAUAUUUUGUCAUCGCUUGAAGUGAAAUAACAGUAAAAAUAACGAAACAAAAAUAAAAUUUAGAAAAUACGAAAAUUUUCAAAUUAUUAAUUAAAAAAUUUAAAAACUAAGGAAAGUUUUAAUAUACCGGACUUAGACACAAAUCCUUCAAAAUGUUCUCCACAUUGCUAUGUUAUCCCACUUAAAAAUGACGCCACAGACGUCAAACAACCCUUAGCAACAUGUUACGCAACAUUCCUGCAGCCGCGCAGCAUUUUUCUGGAACAGAUUUAACACUUUAAACAAACAUAAAGUUUAGCAACAGAAAUAAAAUACAACCAACUCCAAUGAAUGCCAACCAAUUGGCGUCGGAGGUGGCAGCGAGAACAGCGAUCACAACUGGCAACACUAACAACAAUAGCAGCAGCAGCAACACAGCUAAUGACACCGGCAACACAGAUGUUGCAAACGAAUCCAUGAAUCUAAGUGUUUUGGGAGGGAAACAUGAAAAAAUUGCGAAGCAUUUGAAAAGUGUCGCGGCUAGUAAAACGGAUGUGAAUGAUGAAGGCAGCAAUUGUGGCGCUGCUGGUGGCAACAACAAUAAUGGCAAAAGCGGAAGUUAUGAACCGAAGCAGAAUGGACAAUAUAGGGAAAGUGAUGAGCGCUUAGAUGGCAGGGAGACGCCAUUUAACAGCUGGCAGCAGCGCGAACAAACAAAACAACAGCAGCCGCAACAUCACCGCGUAAAUGGCGAAAAGUCAGCAACAGCGCAUGGGCACAACAGCAAUAGCAGCAACAGCAACAGCAGCAGCGGCAGUGGAAAUGGCAAGGGCAGCGGCAGUAAGCGAGAAAGUGACGCGGAAAUGUCUGCCGCGCGCAAGCAACGCCAAGAGGAGGAAGACUCGGAUGAGGCGGCGCAUGAAAGCGCCCGCGAACACGCUGCGUCCAACAAUGACGAGGGUGAUUUCGAGCGCCUGCACACCGCGACCAUUAUAAAAACGCCGCUCAAUAAGACGCUGCUGAAGCGCUGCAGCAGCUACAGCGCGCUGGGAUGCGGCAGCAAUAGCGGAAGCGGAAACGGUAGUGGCAGCAAUGGCAAUAGUAGUGGUAAUGGGCAGGGGUAUGGAAGCGCCAACACAGCCGCCACAAGCGCAUAUGACAACGCGCCCUGCUGCACUGCCGUUGACGAAACUGCGCUCAACUGCAGCGGUCGGGAAGAGCGCGAGCGCGAGCAGGAUAAGCAGCAUGCAACGGCCGAGCAAACGUCUUUUAAUGGCGGCGAUGAAUGUGACUCACCUCCACAUAGCUCAUCGGCGUCAGCGUGCGGCUUCGCGCAUAAAAUGCCAACAACGCCGUCAACAGCUGCAACAGGCAGUGGCGCUGUCGAUAGCAAUGCAGCGAAGUGCAGCAAAUGCAACAACAAUAAUAACAUACAUUACAACAAUUACAAUUGUUACUAUCGCAAAAAGUCGCGCAUGCCGAUUUGCCGAAUUAUGACACUGAGCCGUGGCCCGUACAGCGAGCUCGAUAAAAUGAGCCUUUUUCAGGAUCUAAAACUGAAACGACGAAAAAUCGAUUCAAGAUGCAGCAGUGAUGGCGAAUCAGUAGCCGAUACCUCCACCUCCUCGCCCGAUCUACUCGCACCGAUGUCGCCGAAAAUGUGCGAUACCGGCGGUGCGGGCGCUGGUGGUGGUGGCGGUCAUGGAGGUGGCGGCGGCGGUGCGCUGUCCUCCUUGCCGUUGCCCACCGCCGUCGUCACCUUGACGGCAACCUCCACCAUUGCGCCCGUCUCUGCCGCAGCUGCCACUAUAUGCUCGAGCAGUAAUGUGCCAACUGCCGCCAGCAGCAAUUCCGGUCACAAUGUGUGCGCGGCAACACCACCAAGCGCCACCACUACGGUGGUUGUAUCCGCUGGCAAAGCUGCAGCCAUAAAAGCAGAGCAGAAACAUCAACAACAGCAGCACCAACAACAACAGACUGAAAUUAACUCGUCCAGCGGCACUGUUAGCGCAGCAGCCGCCUCGUCCGUAAUGUCACCGCCACCAACAACUACAGUGCGCAUGUCACCUGCGCCGCCCACUGAUCUGAGCUUGCCGGCAGGGCGUCGUACCCCCAGCAAUGCGACGCCAACACGCGCCACACCAACACCACCGCAUAAUAAUGGCAAUGCGAGCAGUAGUUGUGGCACCAGCAAUGGUGGGGGCAGCAGUCGCGCCUCACCGGAUUCAAUGGAUGAGCGCCCGUCAACAACCACCACAACAACAACGGGUGGUACACAAAUGUCCACAAAUGGUAUACAUGGCGGUGCGAGUGGUGACUGUAUGCAAAACGCUGCAGGUGCCGAGUGCGGCGUUAGCAAUUUAAGUGUCAUACGCUCGGUGAAGGAAGAGCGCAUUGCCCACUCACCAACCAAAAUGCUAUCCUACCACCAGCAUCAGCAGCAGCAACAACAGCAAAUGCAGUAUCAACAGCACGCGCCAUCUCCAACACAAUCCAAAGGUCUCACGCAGUCACAACAGCAUGUUAGCGUGUUGGUGACGCCAUCACGCAUAAAGUCUGAAUUGUCGACGCAGCAGCAACAGCAUGUGCAGCAAAUGCCGCCAACAUCGCUACAACAUCACGCGCAUCAUCCGGCUUACUCCACAUCUGUGUCGACAGCGACCAGCUCAGUGACGUCGACUUCUGGCGCGAUGACUACAACAACCAGCUCCAGCGCCGCAGCACUACACGCUAGCACGCCAUCUCCGACGCCACUGCCUACACCGGCGGCAGUGGCAGCAGCAGCGGUGGCCGCCGCAGCGGCGCAUCAUCCGCACCUGCAUCACCCGCCGCCACCCAUCGUGCAGACGCAUCACCUACAUCAACAGCUCACACAACCGCAGCUGCGUAAGAGCAGUCCGCCAAGUGGCCUAGGACUACCGCAGCAACAUUUACUCAACCAAUCCAUGCAGCAUUUGACGCAACAGCAGCAAUUGCAGCUGCUGCAGCAGGCAGCCGCUAUGUCACAGCGCCCGACGCAAAUGUCGCCAAAUGCCAUUAACUCAUCGCCAAGCGCGCGACAUCAGACCAGCGCUUCAUCGCCGCAUCAACAUUUGUUACAGCAGCAUCAUCACCACCAACAACAACAACAACAACAGCAGCAGCAACAGCAUUUACGCAUUAAAAAAGAGCCAGCGCAGCUACUAGCCGCCGCCGCAGGCAGUUUAUUGGGUAGCAGCGGUGGCGCGCAACGCCACUUACACUCGCCACAUCACCAUCACCCAUCAUCACCCCAACAGCAACAGCAGCAACCGCCACAGCAGUUACCACCACAAGCGCUGGGUAAUAUUGCGCAGCUGAUACACCCUGCUUCGCUACAAUUGCGCCAUCCCAACCGCGAUGCAGCUAUACUUUUUCGUGUAAAGAACGAGGUGCAUCAGCAAGUAGCCGCCGCGCAGCUCAUGCAACCCGGCGCUGCUGCCGCCGCCGCAGCCGCGGCACAACGUAUGGUUUGGGUCUCGAACGCGCGCAUAAACGGCGUUAAACCAGAGGUUAUCGGUGGUCCACUGGGCGGUUUGCGACCGGGUGGUCCAGCGCAAUCGCCCUCGCCGCAUCACUCUUCGUCCUCAUCAUCUUCACAACUGUCGCCGCAAACGCCUUCACAAACACCGCCACGCGGUACGCCCACAGUCAUCAUGGGCGAAAGCUGUGGCGUGCGCACAAUGGUUUGGGGAUACGAACCAGCGCCACCAACAGCCGGUCCAUCGCCCACACAUGGCGGCAACAGCAACAGCGGUAGUGGCGGUGGUCUGCAUCAGACACCACCAUCCACGCCGCAGCAUUCACACGGCCAGCAACAACAGCAACCGCCCUCUUCUAUGUCAUCGCUCUCACAACAGUCACAUCACUCAUCACAGUCAUCAAUGCAGUCGGCGUCAUCGCCAUCCGCGGGCUCCAUUACGCCCACGCAUACGCCUGGACCGUCGCCGCAAAAUAACGAAGAGGCCGCGCAACUACUGCUCUCACUGGGUCAGACGCGUAUACAGGAUGUGCGUCCGCGGCCACACCAAUUUCGCACGCCGCAUGCGCUCAAUAUGGAGCGGCUGUGGGCGGGCGAUUACUCGCAGUUGCCGCCUGGACAGAUACAUGCGCUCAACUUGAGCGCGCAGCAGCAGUGGGGCAGCACGAAUGCGACGGGCAUGAAUCGCGGCUUGGAUACGCCGCACGAGCCCACGGACGAGGAUGAUCAGCCGCUGGUCUGCAUGAUCUGCGAGGACAAGGCGACCGGCUUACAUUAUGGCAUCAUCACGUGUGAAGGCUGUAAAGGCUUUUUUAAGCGCACCGUGCAGAACCGACGCGUGUACACCUGCGUGGCCGAUGGCACGUGCGAAAUAACCAAAGCGCAGCGCAACCGGUGUCAGUAUUGUCGAUUUAAGAAGUGCAUCGAACAGGGCAUGGUCUUGCAAGCCGUGCGCGAGGAUCGCAUGCCGGGUGGGCGCAAUAGCGGCGCCGUCUACAACCUCUACAAGGUUAAGUAUAAAAAACACAAAAAGUCCAAGCAGCAGCAGCAGCAACAACAGCAGCAAUCCCAGCAACAGCACAUGCAUUCACCACACCAUCAAUCGCCGCUAUCACCACACCAUCAGCAGCAUCUGCUUUCACCGCAACAGCAUCUGCAUCAGCAUCAACAGCAAUUGGCGGCCGCUGCCGCAGUCGCUGCAGCCGCGCAGCAUCAACACUCGAAGCUGAUAAGUGCCACGCUGGGACAAAGUGAAAUGAAGCCAAUGUUCUUGGGCCCAUCCAUUAAGCAGGAGCUUCUACAGCAACAGCAACAGCAACAACAUCAACAACAGCAAGCAGCGCAACUACAUUCGCCACAUCAGCAGCAGUUGCAUUCGCCGCACCACACGCUACACGGUUCGCCGCACGGCGCGCUGCCGCCGCACUCAUCGGCCAGCGCGUUGCACAGUCCGCUGUCGCAUGGGCCGCCCUCAUUACCGCCACACACCUCCUCCUCAUCCUCAUCCUCGUCGUCGGCAUCUUCGGGUGGCAGCAGCAGCAGCUCACAGCAGCCAUCACAUCAUGCGCUGCACUCGCCACAUCAUACGCUCGCGCAUGCGCAUCAUCUGCAAGCGAACGCGUCACAUACGUCGCCGCAUGCACAACAGCUGCAUCAGCAGCAGCAACAGCAACAACAGCAGCAGCAGCAUCAACAGCACGUGCAGGCAUCGCAGCUGCAGGAGACUGCCAUCAAAUUGCCCUCGCAUUUGGUUAACGGUACAAUACUUAAGACUGCCCUAACGAAUCCCAGCGAAAUCGUGCAUUUACGAAAUCGUCUCGAUACCGCCGUGAGCUCGUCGAAGGAUCGCCAACUCUCGUAUGAGCAUGCGCACUCCAUGAUCCAAACGCUGAUCGACUGUGAUGCCAUGGAGGACAUAGCCACAUUGCCACAUUUCUCCGAGUUUCUCGAGGAUAAAUCGGAGAUUAGCGAGAAACUAUGCAAUAUCGGUGACUCCAUCGUGCAUAAGCUGGUAUCGUGGACGAAGAAACUGCCUUUCUACUUGGAGAUACCCGUUGACAUACACACCAAGCUGCUGACGGACAAGUGGCAUGAGAUACUCAUACUGACCACAGCGGCGUACCAGGCCUUGCAUGGCAGGCGCAGAACGCCUAGCACAACGACUCCCGGCGGUGGUGACACAACAACAGCGCAAGCCUCUUCCACCACCAGCUCGAGCGGCGGUCGUUCUAGCACAGGCGCGCCACCACACUCGCCCGCCUCAGCCAAUCAUCAUCACAAUCACCAUCACAUGAGCGGCUCACCGCAUGCCACAAGUCUGAAUUUACCACACCAGCUGCAUCAUCAACAAAUGCAGACAGCAACGCCACCGCUGCAGAAGGAGGAUCCAGAAUUCGUGGACGAGGUGAAUGGUCAUUUGUUGACGCUGCAAACGUGCCUCACCACACUGAUGGGCCAGCCCAUUGCUAUGGAACAGCUAAAACUGGACGUCGGUCAUAUGGUGGAUAAGAUGACACAGAUCACGAUCAUGUUUCGCCGCAUUAAACUCAAAAUGGAGGAAUAUGUCUGUUUAAAGGUGUACAUUCUGUUGAAUAAAGAAGUGGAACUCGAGACCAUACAGGAGCGUUAUGUGCAGGUGUUACGCACUUAUUUGCAACACUCCUCACCGCAAAACCCGCAAGAUCGACUCACUGAACUGCUGUCGCACAUACCGGAGAUCCAAGCAGCCGCUAGUCUAUUGCUCGAAAGUAAAAUGUUCUACGUUCCCUUCGUUUUGAAUUCGGCCAGCGUGAGGUAGCAAAGGCUUGAACGUGGAUUACUGCCGAUCGAUGAUGAUUCGCCGAAGCCUAAGCGAUUGAUGAUGAUUAUGCAACAACAGCAACAACAACAGAAGAAUGACGAUGAGCAAGCAGAGCCAAAAGUCGAACAGCAACAACAAGCAAGCAAUUUAAUGAAAGCGCGUAGACGGGCAGCCACCGAAAUGGCUGAGCGUCAGCAAAGACAACAAGAAGAUUUACAAAAGCAACAACGAGAGCAAAGUCAAAAGUCAGCGGCGGAACAACAACAACAGCAACCGGUAAGAUUUUGUCUACCCAUGUUGGAGUUACCUACAAUCAAAGUAGAGAACGUGCAACAGCAGCACAGCUAUUCUAUGGAUGAGGACGACGCCGAUACGGACGAGGAAGAGUUAUUGGAGCAAAGGCAACAACCACAGCAGCAGGCACAGAAGCCGAGUGCCGAGGAGAACGCAUCAUCACAUAUGCAAUCGCCAACAAUGGCGCGUUUAAUGGAACCAACCACGUCGAUACUAAAGACCUCAUUGCUAGCAGGCGCGGCGGCAACACUAGCAACGCUGACAGCUGCCGCGGAGCAGGUAAAUCGCAAAGCACAAUCACCACAAGCGCAUAGCGGUAGAGUGAGCGCGCGCGCAUUGACUGCACAACAAACGCCGGUGGCGGAUAAUAGUCUGACAGAGAGUAAAAGACUGCAAACACAACAACAACAACAAGAACAACGCGAACAGCCUAAGCCCGCAAUGCCUUAUAAGUCCAUACUGCAGACGGCGCUUAUGGGUGAGCGGCCACCACAGUCGCAAACGCCGCCACCGCCGUCGACAGCUGCAACGAAAUUUAUGCGCGCAUCCGGUGCGCACGUGGGCUUACAAACAACGACGCCACCGCCACCACACGUCCUGAAGACCGCAGUUACGCUAGCAAGUCUCAGCGAAAUUGCGGCAGCGCGUCAGCAGCAGGAAGAGGAAGAGCGCCGUUUACGUGAACAGCAGCAGCAGCAACAAAAAAAGCAGCAUUUAUUGUUACAACAAACACUGCCAUUGAAGAAGAAGAAGAGUUUUCUGCAACAAAAGUUAACAGCGACAUGCAACAUGCUGACAACAGCGGCAACGUUAUUGCAGCAACAACAACAACAGCAACAGAAUAUAAUUACCAUACUGCCAAUUGAAGCCAGCAACAACAACCAAACUGCCAUCUCAGCUGCAAAUGCUGCUACAACCAAUACAAAGUACGUAUUAAAUAAUAUGAGCGCGGGCGUAUUGCGCUGUGCUUCGACCGCAACAGCAACAACCACGCGCUCUACUGGCGCUUUUGUUAACAACAUGCGAAGCGGCGCGUGCGUCACAGAAACUGCGUGCAACAACAGCAAUUCGAAAAAUGUUGCCAGCUGCUGUCAAGCGAUCGCUACACAAACCAUAAAAAUACCAACAGUGCGCACGGCGACAGUGACAACGCAAACGCAAACUGAUGAAAUGCACUCCGUCGCCGCUGCUACAACAGCAGCAGCAACAAGCGGUGCGCAGACGCCGUUGCACGCAUUAGCGGCCAGCAGCCAUGUAAUUACGCGCAAACUAAGCACCGCUCUACAACAACACGAAGCAAUGGCGAGCGCUGCUAGCGGCAGCGCAGCGACAACAUUGCUCUCACUGCCGACGCAACAGUCCUUUGUGACGCGUCGCGUCUCGCCACAACGCCAAACCACAUUAGUUACUGCCACCACAACGAAUGCGAACACGAUUAGUGCCGCUCCGCCCACAUCUACUGCCACUGUCACUGCCACAACCACCGCUGCCCCGCCCUCCACAGCUGUUACUGUUGUUGUUUUUAAAACAUUGUUACCUGAUGACUGAAUUAAUUAAUUUUUAAUUAUUAGCAAAGCGAAAAUGAAAAAAAAAAUGCUGAAAAAGCUUUUGCAGAAAGCUCACCACAUACGAAGUAAUAUGUCCACUCGUAACACCGCGUUAGCCGUUUUGUUCACUACAAUUAUAGGUAAACAUAUUUGUUGUAGGGUGUAAGUAUCACAACUCCUAAUGAAAGUCCUUAUCAUGUGCAUACACAUUUUGAAAGUAAGCUCAAAGAGUAAACUAAUCCCUAUUAUUUGGCGUUUUUAGCAAAAAUUCACUUGGGUUUGGAGCAAUCUCAAGACUAUAUAAAAGUUUUCUAAAACCAAUAUUAGCAUGGAAAACGCUUAACGAUAUAUUUAUGAAAGCUUGAAGAGCAAGUUGCACACCAUUAUAAAGUUAAAUUACUUAUUAAUAUCUAAAUGCCAUGAAGCUUUUCAAGCGAAAGUUGUUUUAAAAUACUUUUAAAAUUUACUGAAAUUGACUGUCAAUUUAUCUUUUUGAACUGAG